CUGAAUCAUAUUUCAGUUCCGGGUUUUGGACAUAGAUCCGACUUACCAUGCCAAAUUUUGAACACCAUACCCAAACCCAAUGUCAGGUCUAUCCAUUCGGUCCUGGGUCUAACCUGAUCCAACAAAAGGAGCGAUCGCAAAAGAACAAAGAAGCAGAUAAUGGUUAGCCAUUAGUUUUUAAGCAAUCUGCUGGCUCUUAAACUACUGUAGCCUGCUUGCAUGGGCGGAGAGGAGAGAGUGCAAAGAGAGAUUGGUUUACAGAAGUGCAGAGAGAGAGACUGGGUUGCUCUUUUAUGAGAGAGUAGAGAAAGAGGUUUAAAAAAGGGCAGAGAGAGAUAAUUGGUUCUCUUUUGUGAGAGAGAGAGUGUGGCUUGCACAUGGAGAGAGAGAUUUGUUUGGUUCAUGUUGUGGGCCUCGAAAUUCUGUGGCGUUUUCCUUGCAUAUCUAAUAUCUCUGGUAUCUUUUCGUAUAAAUCUCUUGAAACCGAUAGCGUCUUGGGGGCUUUCCGUAUUUAUCUAUAUUUGGAGAAAGAGUUCCGCACUCUGCUUUCUCACUCAUCCUACUCCCUGCUUUGCUCUCUCACAUACUCCUACCAGGGCCCAAGCAAGUGACCCUUUCUCUCUCCUCAAGAGCCACACCUACCUCCCAUCCAAAACCCCUUUUCAAAAUCAAAGAAAGAAACCCACUUCCUGCCUCCACACCAACUUCCACUUUCUCUCUCUUGAUUGUUCUCAAAAAGACCUUUUUCUCUCUAAAGCACUUCUUUGUAGCAGAACUCACACCAGGAAAGCAAUCAAACAGACCCACCAUCGCAUAAGAAACUGUCGCCAUGAUCACCACCUCUGCCUGUACCUACCCCCUCUCGAUCUACCACCUCAAGUUCUCAAACCUCUCAUCCCCAUUGAGUAUUAGAGCUUCUUCUUCUUCUAAUCCUUCUCCUCCUCCUCGUUCUUCCUCUGUUUCUACCCAUGCUAUUGCCACUGAAGAAACCCAAGCUCCGACCGUCCCAAAACUCAACAAAUACAGUAAACGAAUAACGCUACCCAAGUCGCAGGGUGGCUCUCAGGCCAUUCUCUAUGGAGUGGGUCUCUCUGAAGAGGAUUUGGAGAAACCCCAAGUGGGUAUUUCCUCUGUUUGGUAUGAAGGCAACACCUGUAACAUGCAUCUACUUCAGCUUGCAGAGGCUGUAAAGGAAGGAGUGAUAGAUGCAGGAAUGGUGGGUUUUAGGUUUAACACAAUUGGGGUGAGUGAUGCCAUCUCCAUGGGAACUCGAGGAAUGUGCUACAGUCUGCAAUCACGAGACCUCAUUGCUGAUAGCAUCGAGACUGUAAUGUCCGCUCAGUGGUAUGAUGCCAAUGUAUCGAUCCCCGGUUGCGACAAGAAUAUGCCAGGUACAAUCAUGGCUAUGGGGCGCCUUAAUCGGCCUGGGAUCAUGAUUUAUGGCGGUACGAUUAAGUCUGGCCAUUUUCAAGGUCGUCCUUAUGAUAUAAUUUCUGCCUUUCAGUGCUAUGGAGAGUAUGUUAGUGGGUCAAUCAAUGAUGAGCAAAGGAUGAAUGUCGUGCGAAAUUCAUGCCCUGGUGCAGGGGCUUGUGGAGGCAUGUACACAGCCAAUACCAUGGCUUCUGCUAUUGAGGCAAUGGGCAUGACCCUUCCAUACAGCUCAUCAACACCGGCGGAAGACCCACUAAAGCUGGAAGAGUGUCGUCUGGUUGGUAAAUAUCUUUUGGAAUUGAUGAAAUUGGAUUUGAAACCAAGAGACAUUAUCACUCCAAAGUCUUUGCGUAAUGCAAUGGUGAUUGUUAUGGCCUUGGGUGGGUCUACAAAUGCUGUGUUGCAUUUGAUUGCCAUUGCAAAAUCAGUGGGUCUCCAACUGACUCUCGAUGAUUUCCAGAAAGUUAGCGAUGCAGUGCCUUUCAUCGCAGAUCUCAAGCCAAGUGGGAAAUACGUAAUGGAGGACGUGCACAAGAUUGGAGGAACACCAGCAGUUAUUCGCUAUCUCCUAGAAGAAGGCCUUUUGGAUGGGGAUUGUAUUACUGUCACUGGAAAAACACUAGCCGAAAAUGCAAAGAUUUGUCCUGCCUUGGCGGAAGGUCAGCAAGUCAUCAGACCUUUAGGAAAUCCUAUCAAAUCAACAGGACACCUCCAGAUAUUAUAUGGCAAUGUUGCACCGGGGGGUUCUGUAGCAAAAAUCACAGGAAAAGAAGGGUUAUUUUUUUCAGGUUCUGCUCUUGUUUUUGAAGGCGAGGAAUCUAUGUUAGCAGCUAUCUCUGCAAACCCACAAAGCUUUAAGGGCAAAGUUGUUGUAAUUAGAGGAGAGGGACCUAAAGGGGGACCGGGCAUGCCUGAAAUGCUAACACCAACAAGUGCUAUAAUGGGUGCUGGUCUUGGAAAGGAAGUAGCAUUGUUGACAGAUGGGAGGUUUUCAGGAGGUUCACAUGGAUUUGUUGUAGGGCAUAUAUGCCCUGAAGCACAGGAAGGUGGUCCAAUUGCUUUGAUCCAAAGUGGAGAUUUCAUCACUAUUGAUUGCGAGAAGCGGCGGAUUGAUGUUUCACUCACGGAAGAGGAGUUGAAUGAAAGAAGAAAGAACUGGAGAGCACCACCAUACAAGGUUGAACAAGGAGUUCUAUACAAGUACAUCAAGAACGUGCAGCCUGCUUCGAGUGGCUGUGUAACAGAUGAAUGAGCAAUCUAUCUCGGCCGAUUUUGACAUUGUGAGGAGUCCUGCACUCUUAUCUUGGCGACAAUGUGCUUGCAAUUUCUGCUUCAUCAUCGGGAAAUUAGUAUAUUUUAAGUGCCUUCGUAGUUUAUAUUUAUUUUUUUUUUCUACUUCGAUUUAUGCUUCUUUAUUCACUGGUGUAGGCAAAGAACGUUACAUUUAAAGCAACUAUAUAUUUAGUUUUGGGAAUAGAAUGUCCUAAGUUAUUUCCAGUGGGACAGUUAUCCCAUGAAAACAACGGACAUGUUGGACUGAUCACGGUUUUGGCAUGUUUUCUUGUUAAAUCGCGAAAGCAGCAAAUUAUU